AUGAAGUACGUCAAGGAGAGGGAGAAGAGUGGGAGAGAGGGACGGCGCUGCUUGACGUUUGGGUCGUGGAAUGUUCGCUCCCUUGUGGAAAGGAGUGGCGGCGUAGCUACGGCGAGCGUUUCUGGCCGAGUAGCAGAGGACAAGAAAUGUCGUCGUGUUGCUGCCGAGCUGCGCAGGUUGAGCGUGGCGGCGGCUGGAUUGCAGGAGACACACUGGUUCGGCGAUGACAUUUAUGUCGUUGACGGUUUUACUAUCUUGUGUUCGGGUCGCCCCGUGCCUGGCGAUGGAGCUCCGGGCAACAGACGAGGAGAAGGAGUCGCCCUGGCACUCAAUAAAUUUGCAACAGACGCGUGGAAGAAUGGUGGUUCGGUCUGGCGGGCUGUGGGCCCUCGUCUUGUCACUGCACGUCUCAAAUUCGCCCUGCGUGGGGGAGAAGUCGCAUGGGUGACGGUAGUCAGUGCGUAUGCUCCGACUUAUGCAGCUCCGCGUGCCAGCAAAAAUCAGUUUUACGAACAGUUGCAGGAGGUAAUAGCUGGCGUUCCUGACAGGGACUGCUGUAUUCUGCUUGGAGACUUCAACGCCCGUGUGGGUUCAGGAACAGCUGACGAUGGCUGGAGUGGUGUGCGCGGCAUGCAUGGUUUUGGACAGUUGAAUUCCUCUGGAGAUGAGCUACUGUCGUUUGCAGCAAUAAAUAAUUUGUGGAUCUGCAACACCUGGUUCCCCAAGCGGGAUAUCUUCAAGCGGACGUGGCAGCACCCCGGCUCUCUGCAGUGGCACUGCAUCGACUAUAUCUUGAUGCGUCAGGAUCAUCGGCGAUUUUGCAGGGACGUGCGCGUUGUUCGUGGUGCUGAGUGUGGCAGUGACCACCAGCUGCUUUGUAUAGUCUUUGAGUUCCCGCAUCGCCCGGUGGGGGUUGCCCGACGUGGAGCGAGCCGGGGGCGCCGAUUUAAUGUCGGCAAGCUGCGGAGUAAGGCGGUGGCCGAGCAUGAUCAAUCGGAUUCCUGCGCAUCCACGUUACAAGACGUCAACGAUGUGGGACGUCGCCCCCCGCGCUGCGUGACCACCGCGGACAAGUAUCGUGCCGCUUUAUCUGCUGGAUUGCGAGAUUGCUGGAGCAGCGAUGGUAGCGUUGGGGAGAAGUGGACCCAUGUGCGCAAUACCGUGGUUGCCACAGCCGCUGAUGUAUUGGGCCCGAGCGAACGCCGUCAGGCCGACUGGUAUGAUGACAACUCUGCAACCAUACAGCCCCUUCUGCGCGCCCGCAAUGAGUGCUACGCGGAGUGGCUUGCCCACGGUCAGCAGAGGGGCGACACGUAUUGGGCCAGCUUCGGGGCUGCUCGAUCGCAGGCGCGCGCAGCCGUUGUAAAUGCCAAAGAGGCUUGGAUUUUGAAUAAGGCACAGGAGGCAACAGAGGCGCGCUUCAACGGGGCAGUCGUCUGGAAAUGCGUUCAUGCUAUCCACGCUGCAUGUGAGGGAUUAACUCCGUGCAAGACUUCCGCCAUUAAGGACGAGAAUGGAAACCUGUGCCAGUCGACUGAGGAUCAAUGCAAGCGGUUCCAGAGGCAUUUCACAUCUGUCCUGAACCCAGAGAGCUCGUACAACCCCGAUAUCAUGGCUUGCGUUGAGCAGCGACCUGUAGUGUCGAGCCUUGAGGAACCACCAACCAUGCAUGAGAUCUCCAAGGCAUUUCUCGACUUCGCAAUGGCACCGCUGCUGGUUCAUCGAGGAUACAGCCAGAGUUGCUAA